UUGUCGUUGCCUUGAUCGGGAACUUUUAGCAUAGCAACCGAAGGCUGCAGCCAAAUACACUUAAUUUAAAAAUGACUUAAAAAGUGAGUUUUAAACAAAUAAAACGCAAGGUAGAUUUUAAAGUUUGGAUCUCUGAAAAUGCUUUCGUCUGUCUGGAAUUUUAUGAAACGCCAUAAAAAGAAGUUUAUUUUCACCGGAGCUCUGGUUGGAGGAGCGUACCUUUUGGGUAAAUAUGCUCAGAAGAAAAUCAAGGACGUUCAGGAGAACGAGGCGUCGGCGUACAUCGCCCAGGCGAGACGACAGUUCCACUUUGAGAGCAACCAGAGGACCUGCAACAUGACCGUUCUGUCGAUGCUGCCGGCGCUCAGAGAAGCCAUCACCACUCAGCUCAACUCUGAGAGCCUCACUGCGCUGCUAAAAACCAAACCAGCUAAUAAACUGGAGAUCUGGGAGGAUUUAAAGAUCAUCAGCUUCACCCGCACCGUCGUGGCCGUCUACAGCACCUGCAUGCUGGUCGUUCUUCUCCGAGUGCAGCUCAACAUCAUCGGAGGAUAUCUUUAUCUGGAUAACUCUGUGGGAAAGAGCGCGACGAAUCCUCAGGCUCCUCCGGACGUCCAGCAGCAGUAUUUGUCCAGCAUUCAGCAUCUACUGGGAGACGGUUUAGCGGAGUUGAUAACGGUCGUGAAGAAGGCCGUCCAGAACGCUCUGGGAGGGGUUUGUCUGAUGCAGAACUUGUCUCUGCUGGAGCUGGAGCAGCAGCUGAGCUGGAUCAGAGCCGAGGUGGAGGCCGACUCGGACCGGUCUCUGUCCCGGUACCUGCUGGCGGACGACGAGGACGCGCUCUGUGAUCAGGCGUGUGGAUUAACGGAGAACGACGCCAUGACCAUCAGAUUACUGAACGAGACCAGAGACAUGCUGGACAGUCCGGACUUCAGCAAAGUUCUGAACGUCUGUCUGAACCGAGGCUUCUCUCGGCUCCUCGACAAUCUGGCCGACUUCUUCCGCUCGCCUCCUGGAGACUCCGCCCCCAGCUCUGCACCUGACAGCCUGUCUGUGGUGAGUCUGCCGCUGGCCAAGAUCAUCCCCAUCGUCAACGGUCAGAUCAACUCCAUCUGCAGCGAGACGCCCAGCCACUUCGUUCAGGACCUGCUGUUGAACGACCAGGUGAAGGAGUUUGCCGCCAACGUGUACGAGGCUUUCAGCGCGCCGCAGGAGCUGCAGAAGUGACCUCCGUGAUGAAGAGGAGGAAGAGGAGGACUGAAGAGAAGAAGGGAUGAAACCAGAACUAAAGUCUGUGACGUGUCUGCAGCUCAGAGGAUUCUGUCCCCUCAGCUCAAAGAAACAAACUCAGGGAAGAAGAACCCUCCACUGACUUCAGGCUACGACUGUUGCAUCAUGGGAACUGGAGUCCUACAACCCGCUCGAUGUGGUUUUAUUUCCCUGAGCGGUGGGACAAAUGUAGAAACCUGCAGAGUGUGUGGUUAGGAAGCUGCCCCUCCUGUUUCCAGGUGAUUUCUGCUUCUCAGAUAGUUCAGCUUUCUAACGUUGGAUCGUUUCCUCGUCACGUUUUAUCUGCUCGUCAUCGUCACAAGGUCAAAGAGGCAAGUUUACGUUUGCUUUUCUGUGGCGGUACAGAGGCGUAAGCUCAGCGAUGUGAGCAUCAGGUGCACGUUUUGUACCCUGGUCAGUGUUUUGAUUACAUCCGACUCCACAGAGGAAUAAAUCCAACACGUCAUCUGAAGCUAUCGAAGUAAAAACACAAAGGCACUAAUAAAAUAAACGUUAAACUCAUUCAAACAAAUGCACAGUUUAAGCUCUUUCUUAUAAAACAUCCUGACUUGAAUCCAUCAGUCCAUGUUCCUGCAGGUUUUAGUUGCCCAGACGGUGUCACUCUUCUCUUGUUUGUGCUCCAUCGUUUCCUCUGUGGUUUCAGUGCUUCCUCUUCCUGUC